AUGGAUUUCACCCGACAAACGACGACUCCUCCAGAUUGGAUCCUUGCGGACUAUGCAAAGGUUGAUUAUGCCUACUCCAACGGCGCGAACUUCACAAUCACCAAACGACACGAGGCGCCGUACAUCUGGUCCCGCUUCUACGUUCACUUCGGCCGAAUCGAGGUCGUGAUGAAAGUUGCCUCAGGUGGAGGCAUCAUCACAGGUGCGGUAAUGAUGUCUGACGACCUGGACGAGAUAGACUGGGAAUUUUCCGGCAACAACUUCGGUCAAGGUCGCGGCUCCGUCUUGACCAAUUACUUCGGCAAAGGCCAAAUUGGUUGGUCCGACCGAGGUGUUUAUCCUGCAGUUGACGCUCCUCAGGACAAAUUCCACACAUAUGCCCUUGAUUGGCAACCCGAUCGCUUAGUCUGGUCCAUUGACGGUGUGCCGGUGAGAACAUUGAACAACAACGGAGCAACCACUGGUUCGUACCAAUACCCCCAAACGCCAUCUCGCCUCCAUCUGGGCAUGUGGUGCGCUGGAGACCCAGACUCAGCUCAGGGUACCGUCCAGUGGGCUGGGGGUUACACCGAUUUCAGCACAGCUCCAUUCUCCGCCUAUGUCAAGUCUGUCAAGAUCACGACCAGCAACACAUGCUCCAGCUACAAGUACCCUUAUCCGUUCGACGGGACGUACAAAUCAGUGCAGUGCUCAAAUCAGACAGUUACACUACCAUGCGCAUACGCAGUUGUCGCAGGCGACGACGGCGAUAAGAUUGCAAAGAAGUUGACCGUCAACUUCGACACUCUGAAGGCCGCUAAUGCUGGCGUGGAUUGGGAUAAACUGUUGAUCGGCCAGGUCUUGGUGGUUCCUGGUGGGACUCUCGACUACUUCUUCACCAAUCCUAACGACCACCACAUCAACGUUUACUGCACAGACUUCUCCGAGCACAACGACGACUUCAUCCAACACAGCGCCCAGCACUUCAACUAG